AUGGUCCGAAGGCCAGCCCACCCAGUGAGUACGUUUUGGACUUACUGGUCUCUGUUUGUUGCCUUCGCCCUGGUUGUACCCUGUAAAGCCCAAGAUGACGAAUUCAUCGAAUUUUAUGACCCUGAUGAAGUUGAGGUGGAAAGUCUUAUUCACCGAGAACCGGUGAGAGAUAUGUCUUUCAACGACUUUGAGCAACCGAUGGAAAAUGAGUCUGAAGAUUUGGAUCAUGAAUCCAUUCGGGGAAUUGAGCCGGAUGAUGAGGAGUUUGAAGGAUUCAUUCCUCGUAAGGCUGAAUCUGAAAGUGGUGACCCUACCUCGAAUAAACCUCUUUUGAAAGUAGCAAAAGUGCCACCAACCUUUCGUUCGUUGGAGCAUUACGUCUUUGAAAUGUUCUUCCUCGCUUUCAUAUUCCUUUAUUUGGUGAACUACAUGCACGGUCGGGCUACCAAUUCGCGUCUAGCUGCAGCCUGGUUUGCGGCACAUGAGAAUCUCCUCUCCACCAACUUUUCCAUGGUUGGUGACGACACUUCGGCAACUCCAGAAGGAAAUCAGGAAAGGGAAACGAGUAGGGGGGGUGAGAAAUCUUCUUCGAAUCGGCGUCUCAUCCGUGAAUCCGAUAGCCUCUACACCCUUUGGUGUUCCGGUCGGGUGGCUUGCACCGGUAUGAUGGUGGAACUUCGUCUAAUGAAGCGUCAGGAUCUUCCUUCCCUUUUUCUCCACUGGCUUCAUCGUCCAAAGUCGGGUGUCAACGCCGCAACCAUUGCCUCCGACGAUCGGGUGGUAGUGAAAGUGGUUCUCGAAGAUGGGGAAAUGGACACUUGGGUGAUGGCAGUGGGAGUGAAGAAAUCCAUAACGAUGUUGGCAAAGGACCACUUUGAUUUAGCAACAUAUCCGGUGGAUAGGAGGGGGCAGAGGUUCAACGGCGUGCCGGAAGGGAUGAUUGUGCUGAGUGAGAUUGCGGAGGCGACAGCAACAAUUUUGAACCCGACGGUUCUCAAAGUCAUUAACGAUCAUCAAAGCGCCAUCGAGUACAUCUACAUUUCGGAUCAGUAUUCAGGUCCAAAGGCUUCUAUGGAAGAACUUAAACCACCGAAACCUGAAGAAAUUCAAAAAGUUCUCAUCUUCUCUUUCAUUUUGGAUGAAAAAGAUGUGGAGGCUAUGAAGCCGCUCUUCAACUUUGUUUUUUACCUGACUGAGAAGACUCGCAAAUUACGACUCGGAAAGGAGGCCAAGGCCAAGUCAGAUCGAGCCCGAACGAAGGUCAGUGAGACACUUCUGAAGUCUGUACAAGCAGCACGGCAGGAGGCGGCACAAAAUCGUCGCGAUGAGCAACGUAGAGCCGUGAAGGAGCGCAUAAUGACAGAAGAGGAUCCGGAAAAGGCUCGACGACUUGAGGAGAGAGAACAGAAACGAGAGAAUCGGAAACGCCAGCAACGAAUCAAGAUGGUGAAAAUGAAGGGCAUGUGA